AUGGCGGGCGACGAGAUCAUCACCAUUAUCAACAACUCGGGGAAGGUCAUCAGCACGGGCAAGCAGCUGGUCAGCCUCUUCAAGGAAGCUCAGGCCGCAUACCGAGGCAAACGGGAAGCCGUUAGGUCCGAACGUGCUGGCAUCCAGCGGGCCAAGACGUUUGAUGUCGGCCCCCGCGACGACAUCUACGAGCAGUACGACCGUGGUUACCCCAACGAACCCGAAUAUGAGUUCGACCGACGGUCUGUCCGCUCUGGUUCCGGCCGGCGCAAGUCCUCCGAUGACAACGACGACACCCGGUCCUAUGCGUCGUCCCGGCACAGCCGUCGCUCCCGUCGUCCUCGGCGUCUCCCUUCGCCAGAGCGUCCGCUGGCCCUAACCGCAGGCAACCUCAAGGCUCACUCGGAGGUUUCCACCACCACGCCGUCCAAGGUGCACAAAGCCCCGCAGGUUGAGGAUGCGCCCCGGGAAUUGGAGCUUGCACGCAAAGAUCUUGCCGUCGGUCUCCCGCGGCCACCGCUCAAGUCAUCGUCCUCGGACCCUGUUCCGACUCGAAAGAAGUCUAUCGACAUGAACCUAGCCUACGGCGAUAUCCCCCCGGACCUCGAAACCCGCGUGGACCUUGACACCGGCCGCAAAGAUGACUGCAGCUCAGCCCACGAGUCUGACGGCCCGCGCGACCCGCAGGAAACCGAGGCAAUCGACAUCAUGGAUCGCAUCGAGGACUAUCUCGAGGAAGCGCAGUGCAUGCACCACACCGCGUCAUCCAUGAUCGAGAACCUACAGCGCAACCCGGAAGCGGCCGCGGCCGUUGCUCUGUCCCUCGCCGAACUGAGCGCCAUCGUCGGCAAAAUGAGCCCGGCCUUCUUGGCGUUCCUCAAGGGCGGCAGCCCCGCCGUCUUCGCCCUGCUAGCCAGCCCGCAGUUUCUCAUCGGCGCGGGUGUGGCUGUGGGCGUGACCGUCGUCAUGUUUGGCGGGUGGAGGAUUGUCAAGCGUCUUGCCACGGGCGGCAAGACGCUCGAGGCACCAAUCCCAAUGCGCUCCAUGUCGAGCCCGGCCGUCCCGACCGCGGAACAAGUCGACGCCGCGCAUGCUCUGCCCCCUCCCCCUAGCCUUCCUGCCAUUACUAGCGCCAGUGCCGCCGGCUACGAUGAGGCCGUCGUGUUGCGUGACGUUGAGGAACUCAGCAGCAUUGAAACAUGGCGUCGUGGCAUUUCCUCCUUUGGCCCCGAUACCGACAAUGAAGCUGCCGAAAUCGAGCUGCUGAGCCAAGAGGCGGAGCGCGCUCUCAAGGAGGCGCACAACCGCGACCUUGACGAGGUAACCCCGUUCGACUCCGUUUCCCAGGUCAGCUGGGCCCGGCCCCGACGCCCACAUCGCAGCCACCGCAGCAGCUCCCACCGACACCGCGAACGCGACGCCGAGACGGAGGUGUCGGAUCGCAGGAGCAGUGACCGGGACCGAGAGCGGGAUAGAGACGACCGGGCCAGCGAAGCGGGCAGUGAGCGCAGCCAUCGCAGCACUCGCAGCCACCGCAGCAGCAGCAGUCGCAAGCACCACGACUCCGGUGCUUCGUCGGUCUCGCGAUCGUCUAAGCACCCGGCCAAGAUCACGCUCAAGGUGAUUGAGGAAGGGGAUGGGGCUGAAGACGGGGCCAGCAACGCUGGUAGCGCCACGGGCAAGACGAAGGAGAAGAAACGUGACAUGAUCAAGCAGCUGUUCAAGAUGAAGAAGGACAAGGAUGAGCAGAAUAAGGCGCUUUCUGUGAUGGUGUGA